CACGUGUCACAAAAUGAUAGGUUAUUGAUCAUGCUUUGCCAUAUUGAGAUUAAACAUUUGUAUUCCCGUAAUUUCUUCUAAAUCAUUCACAAUGAUUGGAUAUAUAUUAAGAUUUUUAAAUGUUAAAAUUCUCAUAUAAUCUAGUGAUUACGAGUGAUUUGAGACAGAAAUAAGAAUAUUUAGGAAUAGCGGAUGCUUGCUCGUAUUAUCCGAUCCUAGCCUUCCUUGUUGAGACUUUUACAUAUAAACAUUGAACUCUUCCACCAAAUUACAUAUAAACACACAUAUUUUGUAUCCAAAACCUCUUAGCUAUUUGUGAAGAGAGAAAGAAAGAGAAAAACAAUGGUGAAUAAGGCCUGUUUGUUAGUUUUCUUCUUUCUCUCAAUCUCUUUAUUUGUUGAUAUAAGCCAUGGGAAGAAACAGAGUGAAGUUCUUGACGAUCUGUACAGAGGCAAGUUGAAGAAGAACUCUGCGAUCGACACAAGCCUUUUCGAGGCCAUUCGAGAUGUUGAUGGAGCUGAGGUUUAUCCACAAGAGGGACUGAAGGAGAGAGAUAGAAUUGUGAGAUUGCCGGGGCAACCGAAUGUCGAGUUCACUCAGUAUGGAGGGUAUGUCACACUCAAUGAGUCGGCGGGUCGAGCUUUCUAUUAUUACUUCGUUGAAGCGCAAGGACAACAACAGUCUAAUCACUCAUUGCCUCUUCUUCUUUGGCUUAAUGGAGGCCCAGGUUGUUCUUCUCUUGCCUAUGGAGCAAUGCAAGAGCUUGGACCAUUCCGUGUCCAUAGUGAUGGCAAAACUCUCUACAGAAAUAGAUUUGCAUGGAACAAAGCUGCAAAUGUAUUGUUCUUGGAGUCCCCAGCUGGAGUAGGGUUUUCAUACUCGAAUACAACAUCAGAUUAUGUGAGUGGGGGUGACAAAAGAACAGCUUCAGAUAAUUAUGUGUUCUUGUUGAAUUGGUUGGAGAGGUUUCCUGAGUACAAAACCAGGGAUUUUUACAUUGCUGGUGAAAGCUAUGCUGGCCAUUAUGUGCCUCAGCUUGCACAUACUAUCCUUCACUAUAACAAGGGCCCUAACAACACCUUUAUCAACCUCAAAGGGAUCAUUAUUGGGAAUGCAGUAAUAAAUGAUGAGACAGAUACGAAAGGACUGGUGGAUUACUUUGCAAGCCAUGCUCUCAUUUCCGACCAAACUUCAUAUGAAAUCCAGAAAUACUGUGAUUUCUCACCCAAUGCCACCACUCAGUCCAAUGAAUGCGAUACUGCAAUUACUGAAGCUGUCAAAGAUAUUGCCAAUAUUGAUAUCUAUAACAUCUAUGCUCCUUUAUGCACCUCUUUCAAUGUCACUCCAUUUCCCAAAAAGGCUUCUGUGUUGAAUUUUGAUCCAUGCAGUGAUCAUUAUGUGUAUGCUUAUUUGAAUCGUGCUGAUGUUCAAGAGGCCCUACAUGCCAAUGUAACCAAACUCAGUUAUGAUUGGGAACCAUGCAGUCUAGUCAUCAGACGUUGGGAAGAUAGUCCAUCAACAAUUAUUCCCCUUCUCCAAGAGUUAAUGGCAAAUGGACUACGAGUGUGGGUAUUUAGGUAAACACACACCCUUCCUUCUUUUCAAUUCA